CAACCCCAAACCCUAGCCGCCGGGGAGCUCGUCUGGGCCAAGACCAAGGGCCGACACCACUGGUGGCCCGCGCGCCUCCACGCCCCAUCCUCUGAAUCCCCCCUCGUCUCCUCCCUCGGCGCCGAGUACUCCGACGACCACCGCCCCGCCGUCGCCGUCAAGCCCUUCCUCGCCGCCCCCGACGCCGACGCCCUCGCAACCGCCAACAAAGGCCUCGCCUUUGUCGCCGCCGUCGCCCACGCCAGGGCCACCGCCGUCGCCAUCCUCUGCGACGCCCUCACCUGCCCCUGCGCCCGCGGCCCCCAAGAAUCAUCCCAGGCCGACGACAACAACAAGGUCGUCAUCACCGCCGUCUCCAACCUCCUCGAGCCCCGCGAGUUCCUCGCCGCGCUCCGCAGCGCGGCCGUCGACGCCCCCGCCCUCGGCCUGCUGGACCACGCCCGCCUCAAGACCUGGGUCCAGGCGCUCGCCCAGGGAUGGGGCCCCGACGGCCCGGGCCGCUACCAGCGCCGCACCAAAGACGACCUCAUCGACAAGAUUGAUCUCGACAUGCUGGCCGACGACGGUGCUGCCUCUGAAGAGGAUGAGGAGGAGAAGAAGAAGGCCGUGGUGCAGCACAAGACGCCCAAGCAGAGAAAGAAGCGCACCAAAACCCCCACUCCAAAGGACAAGGAGGAGGAGGAGGAGGACAAAGCCGAGAUGGCACACAAGACCCCCAAGCAGACAAGGAGGCCCGCCAAAGCCUCGCUCAUGGACUCCGAGGAGGAGGAGGAGCAGAAACUCAGCAGCCAGAACAAGGCCGAGAGCGGCACUGCCCUCUCCGGGAGGCGCGAGCGCAAGAAGAGCAAGUAUCUCUCGCCGCCCUACACCAACAUCGGCGUCUUUGCUCUUGAGGACAAGUCAGAUGAUUCGCCAAAGAAAUCGCCGCCCGCCAGAGCUGCUAACAAGGAUGAGAGCAAGUAUAACAAGGGGUCACCGGAUGAGAAGCACAAGAAGAAGAGCAAGGUGGUGGUACCGCCGCCGCUUCCGCUUCCGCUGGACAAUGUUGCUGCUCAGGAGGUCCUGCUGCUGCUGCGCUGCUUCGGGGAGGACGUCUCUCACAAGAGGCACUUCCCCAAGGCCGCGGAGGACUUCCUUGGCCUGCUUAGGAGCUCCGUGUUUGCCGAGGGUGCUCACCAUGACUCCUACAAGGACCAUGAAUGCUCACACAUUCCCAAGAAUGCUGCUGUUGAGAAAGCUGCUGCUGCUGCAGAUGUCCUGGUUUCAGAUUCAGCUGCUACUCCCAAACAAGGCAAGGGUAAGCGUGGUAGAAAGAAGAAGGAUCAGGAUGGCAGUGCCGAUUCUUCUUCUAUCAACAACAACAACAAGAAGAAGAAGAAGAAGAAGACGGCCGCUCUUGACUGUGCAGCGGAGGAUGCUUCUGAGGAGAAUAAGAAAGAGGAGAAUGUUUCUGACAAGAAGAAGAGGGGCAGAAAGAAGAAGGAGCAGGAGCAGGAUGGAACCUCCCCAAAAGGCUCUGUUAUCAACAAGAGGAAGAAGAUUGACAAAACCUCCCCAAAAGCAACUCUUGGGCCUGCCUCUGCCUCUGCCUCUGGCUCUGGCUCUGGCUUGGUUAUCACGCCCGCCAUUCCUAUCAGGCAGGUGAGUGCUGAGGAUAUCAUGAGCCAAGUCAAACCAGGCAUGGGAGCUGGGGUUCCUGAUCCCAAGAUGAAGAACAGCUUGUUGGUGUCAAAGAGCCCUAUUUCAGCUACAAUGUCUGGAGGAGUAAAAUCAGGAGAGGAGCAGGAGCAAGGGGACGGUGGAUCCGUUGUGAAUGCUUCAUCUGACCAAUCUGCCAAAAAGAAUGAGGAGGAAGCAACAAAGCCAGCAACUGAUAUGAAUGUGGACGGAGAUGUGCCCCAGACUCAAGUUACAAUGCCUGUGAAUGUGGAUAUGAACGUGGAUACUACUCUUAGCCAAGAUGUUGCUGCCAAACAUCAGGCUGAUGUUAAAAUGCCUGAAGCUGCUGGUAUGAAUGUGGAUAUUCUUAACGCAGAUGUUGCUGCCGCAAGUGCCCAGGCACAAGUGAUGACUCUGCCUGAAACUGGUGGUAUUCAGUUAUUAGAUAUGAAUGUGGAAAGUGUUGUAGAUGUGCCUGUCGUCACAAGUGUCGAGAUGGAAGCCAUGGAGCUGGAAGCUAGUAUUCCUGUACUAGAUAUAAAUGAACAAGUUGCUGCUGUUGAAGAUGUGCCUGCUACAAGUGGCUUGCUUCCACCUAUCAUCCAUGGAGAUAUCAUAUCCCAGCCCGCCGAUGAAAACAAAGACAAAAACGCAAGUGUGCAAGUUCGUGCAGUUCAAGAGUCAUACACAUCUCUGAUUCAGGCGAUGCUGCCGGAAACGUACAAGAAAGUGGAGGAGGUCGCUGCUGGAGCAGGUGCCGUCGCGGCGCCUCAAGGUGAUGAGACUCAAAAGGUUGAAGAGACUAGCCAGAACAAGGCAGUUGCUGCAAAAGGUAGUGGUGGUGCUACCAAUGGGAGCCCCUGCCCUCCUGAUGCGCCCAACUCUGCCCACAAGAGGAGAAACAAGAAGCCCGCAGCAGCAGCAUACUUUGCCAACCCAGCAGAGAUCCGGGUGAAAUUCUUGGACGGCACCAUGGUCCCCACCAAGGAGGAGCUGCUCUCAGAGUUCCGCAGGUUUGGCGUCCUGGUGGAGUCGGAGUGCGACAUAUCAGAAGAGCGCCGCGACGCGCGCGUGGUGUUUGGGAAGAGCACCGAGGCAGAGGCGGCCUACACCAAGGCGGAGAUCCCAGGCAUCUUCGGGCAGUUCGGGCCCCCCUGGGCCACCCUGGGGCUCAACUACCUGGAGGCGAUCACGCUUGCGCCUGCCCGUCCCGCCAAGCCCCUGCUGGCUCGUGCCGACAUGAGGAAGAACGUGGAGAACAUGAUCUCGUCCCUGAAGAACGGGCGGUCUUUGCCGCUCAACGUUGGAGCGGCGGCGUUCCCAGCCGCUCCCGCUCCCGCUGGAGGAGGAGCGGCGCCCGUGUCGGCGAGCCUCCUUGCUGAGAUGCAGCGGCUCCUGUCCAAGCUUGACAAGACGCAGCCCCCCCCUGGGCCUUCGGGCUCGGCUCCUCCUCCGUCGUCGUAGGCCUUCCCUGCCUGCAUGCCGUAGUGAUGGAUGGAUCCAUGGAUGGAGCUUGUGUUGCUGCUCCCUAGCUUAGCUAGCUAGUUAGUGAACUACUUGUUUUAUAUUUUCGGUCUAGGCAUGAACGCACGCACUCGCAUAUGCUGGCUGUCUUUUGUUGAUUAUUACUUACUACAUUAGAGAUGCUGCCGCUGUUGCUUUUAUUAUUUCCAGUCGAGUUGAUGAUGUAGUAGCCAGAUGAACUAGAUGUAUGGAUGGCAGACGUACGUUAUUUUGUCAUCACCAAAUCAUUUCUGCUUGCUUUUCUGCAUCA